CUCUGUACCGAGAAGAAGCACUCAGGUUUGAAAAGUCAAACAUACCCUGUCUGCUCUUCAGCCUGUUGUGAUGUUUGGAAAUGUUCUUCAGAGGGGGAAAGCAGCAUGGAGCCAGAUGGCGUUGUCUUUUUAUAAGUUGUUUGGGAAGCGGCUGCUGCAGGCUGGGAGACACAUCAUGUCUCAUAAGUCUUGGAUGAAGACGGUGCCCACGGAGAACUGCGACGUUCUCAUGACAUUUGCAGACACUACAGAUGACCACACGUUACUAUGGCUACUGAACCACAUCCGGCUGGGAAUCCCAGAGCUCAUCAUCCAAAUCCGACACCAUAAGCACACGCGAGUCUACGCAUUCUUCGUCACUGCUACGUAUGAAAAUUUGCUGAGAGGUGCUGAAGAAAUGGGGCUGAGGAAACCAGUGAAGCCUGAGUUUGGAGGAGGAACGCGAAGCUUCUCCUGUGAGGAAGACUACAUCUACGAGAACAUCGAGAGCGAGCUGUGUUUCUUCACCUCACAGGAGAGGCAGAGUAUCAUAAAGUACUGGCUGGACAAUCUACGUGCCAAACAUGGGGAGGUGCUUCAUAAUAUCAACUUCCUCGAGGGCCAACCAAUCAUCCCGGAGCUGAGUGCGAGAGGAGUGAUCCAGCAGGUAUUUCCUCUGCAUGAGCAGCGGAUCCUGAGUCAGCUGAUGAAGUCUUGGGUGCAGGCUGUUUGUGAGAAACAACCUUUGGAUGAUAUUUGUGACUACUUUGGGGUGAAGAUCGCCAUGUAUUUUGCCUGGCUGGGUUUCUACACCACUUCCAUGUUGUAUCCUGCUGUGAUUGGCUUUGUGCUUUGGAUGCUCACCGAGUCAGAUCAGACGAGCCGUGACAUCUGCUGCGUGGUGUUUGCACUGUUCAACGUGGUGUGGGCCACCUUGUUCCUUGAGCGCUGGAAGAGGAGGGGGGCUGAGCUGGCGUACAAGUGGGGAACGCUGGACACGCCCGCUGAAGCCCUGGAGGAACCGCGCCCUCAGUUUCGGGGAGUGAAGCGUUGCAGUCCGAUAACAGGAUGUGAGGAGUUCUACUAUCCUGCGUGGCGGAGGCGUGUGUUCAGGUGGUUGGUCAGCCUGCCCAUCUGUAUCCUCUGUCUCUGCUUUGUCUUCCUGGUGAUGCUCAUCUGCUUUGAGCUGCAGGAGUUUGUGAUGGGGAUCAAGGAAAUGCCUCGGCUAGCUCGCUUCAUCCCCAAAAUCAUGCUAGCUAUCACUGUGACUGCAUGUGACGAGGUGUACAGGAAAAUUGCCUGCUGGCUCAAUGACAUGGAAAACUAUAGACUCCAGAGUGCCUAUGAAAAAAAUCUCAUCAUCAAAAUGGUUCUUUUUCAGUUUGUAAAUUCUUAUCUCAGCCUUUUUUACAUUGGAUUCUACCUCAAAGAUAUGGAGCGCUUGAAAGAGAUGCUGGCCACUCUGCUCAUCAUUCGCCAGUUCCUUCAAAAUGUGAAGGAGGUGCUGCAGCCUUAUCUGUAUGAGCGCCACAAGCUGGGAGAGCUCACACUGAGAGCUGUGUGGGACCUGCUGCUCUCAGUGCUUCUCAAAUAUGCCCGACUGGCAGCUGGGAAAGCCCAGGCCUCUCCUACUGAUCAGAACAUGCCAGGACCUGGACUGAGGGGCACCAGACCUGGAGUCAGGCACCCAGAACGAAGGGAGAAGAAGUGUUUGAACGGGGGCUGUGGAGUGCCUGAUGAGGAGGAGGGAGGUGAGAGGGACGAGGCCGACAGUGGGAGGUUCAGCGAAGGAGAGACGGAGGAGGAAAGUUUGAUCGACUGCGGCUUGAAGCUGAGGAAAGUCAGCUUCAUCGAGAAGGUGGACAGAAAGCCAGCCUGCAGCCUCCCCUCCAUGGACAACAGCUUCAUGGAAGAGGGGAGCCCCACGAUGGUGGAAAAAGGAAUGGAUCCCGCCUCCGUGUUUGAAAUGUGUGACGACGACGACGAUAACGGCAUCCACGACGUGAAGGAAUCCAGUGGGGCCGGUGCUGAGGGGGUUAACGCAGUAGCCGGCGCCGCCGCUGCCGUCGGCUCUGCGUCGCUGCCGUCCGGGCCUGAGAGCAGCACGUCGCUGCGUCACAGAUGGAGAGGCCGGAGCGCAGAGAGGGCAGACCACAAAACCAAGAGGGAGUCAUGGAUAGAUCCUCCUGAGGAGAGAGAGAGCACCACUCUCACUCAGGCCGAGAUGGAGAGCUGCAUGCAGACAUACGCUGACACUUUCCAGGAUUACCAAGAGAUGUUUGUCCAGUUUGGGUACGUGGUGCUCUUCUCCUCUGCCUUCCCCCUGGCCGCCAUGUGUGCGCUCAUUAACAACAUCAUAGAGAUCCGCAGCGAUGCCUUUAAGCUCUGCACUGGUCUGCAGAGGCCGUUCGGAGUCCGAGUGGAGAGCAUCGGCCAAUGGCAGACUGCAAUGGAAGCCAUGGGACUGAUUGCCAUCAUAGUGAACUGCUACCUGAUUGGUCAGUGCGGUCAGCUCCAGCGUCUCUUUCCAUGGCUCAGCCCGGAGAUGGCCAUCAUCUCCAUCGUCAUCCUGGAGCACUUUGCUAUCCUCCUAAAGUACGUCAUCCACGUGGCUAUUCCGGACAUUCCUACAUGGGUCAGGGAGGAGAUGGCCAAACUGGAUUAUCAACGCAGAGAGGCCUUUAAGAAGCAUGAGCGUCAAGCGCAGCAGCAUUACCAGCAGCUGCAGAGGAGGAAGAGGGAGGAGGAGGAGAGGCAGAGGCAGGCGGAGCACAUGGCCCGCAGAGAGAGGGAGCGGGACGACAGCAAAGGUGACUCCUCUGGGGAUCACCACCACGAGAAGAGUCACGGUAGCAAAUCGCGCUCCGGAGGUGGAGGCGGAGGCUGCAGCGGAUCAGACAAGCCCAAGAGGCCCAGCUCCCUGCUGGCCAAUAAUAAUGUUAUGAAGCUGAAGCAGAUCAUUCCGCUGCAGAGCAAGUUCUCCUCGGGUGGCGCCCGCUCCCCACAGUCACCCACCGGCAGCGAGCCCAAACUUCCUGGGUUCCUCAGCUUCAAGUUCCUGAAGUCUCCUGAGAAUAAGAAGGAAGGUGCUGCAGCCUCAGUGACUGCCGCCACAGGUACUAACACCACAGCAACGGCAACUUCAUCGUCAUCUUCAUCAUCGUCGUCGUCUUCAUUAUCAGGUAGCAGCUCUCAGGAGCGUUCUCAGUCACCCAGUAAAGCCUUCAACCCUGGGAAAUUGUUUAACUUUGGAAAGUCUGAAGGAGGAACGUGUGUGAACGGGGCUCCGCCGCCCCGAUCCGGAGAAGGAUCAUCGUCACAGACGUCAGAGCGACAACCCUCUCGGUCCGAUUUGAAUGGCAUUCCAGAUGAGAUCCCCUCGCCUGGAGGGGAAGGGUCCGAGAAUGGGCAUUCAGCAGACUUGGACCCUGCUUGUUCUAAAAUGUAAAAGCUCCUGAGAUUAAAAAAAAACAAAACAAAACAACAACAACAA